UCAGGUUUAUUUUCGUCUUCUUAACUUAAAUACUUAUUAAAUACAGCGUUGUAGCAAUGAUUACCGUGCACUGUCUUGAAGAUUAUUUCAAAGAUCAAGGUGAGUUGCCUUAUCAACAUGGUCCAGAAUAGUUGGGGUCCUGACCACUAUAUAAAGCAUUACGAAGAAAUGAUUUUAGUCUAUUGCAAGAGUGAAUAGUCGGUGCAUUGUGAAGCAAGCCGAGGCUAGUAUACAGCCUGAGUUUGAUCCAAUCUAAACUUCACGAUCACAAUUCACGAUGAUCACACCGUUAGCUGUAGUGAUGUUUGUAGUAAUUGGUUUGCUGCAUGUUGGAGCAGGCCAUUCGAACGACUUUGAUGCGAUAAAAGGCUGUAAACAGUAUAACACCGAGAUGGGAUACAAUGAUCCACUGGAAUACAUCCCUACCAGCAGCCUACUGUAUAAAUUCAAUAAUACAGUUGAUCAUGGUGAAUUUCAGUACUACAAAAUCGGAGUUCAAGGAACGACUUAUGUUUUUAUUCGGCUGUCAAAUCAUGUGUACCCUUACGACCAAGAGUUGUCUGAAAUUGUGCUGGGUAGUAAUAACAACACGAGAUCGAGCGCUCGGACACAGUACAGGAAUUCGGCAAAUGAAUACAAAAAUACCGAUUUGGCUAGGGUGAUGACACCGAAUCUUUUGUCCCCGUUUCGUCCAGUCAUGCUGAAACUCAAGGUGUGGGUCAACGGCAAGAAGGAAGUCUUUCACGAUGGAGAACACUAUCCUUUCUUAAGCUAGCUCUUAAGCACUAUACUACAAAGGUAGUCCCCCUAUAUAUGGCAUUUACUAAAGUUAUAGAUAAUUUGGUUUUCUUCAACGAUUGCCCAAUGUAAAGUGAUUGUUGAGUAGACUCAUAGUGUGAUUAUGGGAUAUAGUAUUCUUAUGGGUUUUAUACUUCAUAUAAUAUAAAGAAAUAUUGCAUCUUAUCAUUUGGUGCCCUAGAGUUUUGAUUUUGCUUUUAAAUUUGCAAUGUAAAGAGAGGUAGUUAUAUUUAAGUUUUGAAUUUUGCUCACUUUGCAUUUUUUGCUUGCUUUGUAUACGAAGCACUCAGAAUUAUCGUAACAUGUUUAAAUGAUUCGCGCAUCCCGCUUGGGAAUUGGGCUUUUUAUUAUCAGGUUUAUCUGCGACUUCCGAGCUUACAUACUUGUGAAGAGCAUCACGGCAUCACGUUUAUAAUGUGUCAAUAAACGUGUUGUAGGUUGCACUUCAUAACAUGAUUAUUUCUUAAGAUAAGAUUUCCACAAAUGCUUAUCUUAUCAGCGCUAUCAGUACGAUAGCGUGAGUUCUGAAUCAGGGUAUAUAUAUAGUAAAAAAAUAUACACAAUCACGAGUUCAUUGCUAUUAUCGUCCACAACGGUACGACACAACGGACUGUACUACGAUAUCAUCAUGAAGCUUCUAAUCGUUGUAGUAAUUGUAGUGAUUAGCAUUAUAUGUCCAUCUAAUGCGUUU